AUGCUGCCAUGUACGAAGAAGUUUGCCGCUGUGUACAAUCCAACCGACCAAGGGCACUUACCCAAGAGGAAUGACUUGACCGACGUAACGUUCGAAAUCGCUGAAAUCCUUGGCCGCUCGAGAAAAACAGUGCAAUCCGUGUGGCGCGAAUACACCAAAACCAUAGUCUCGGUCAGUCCCCCAUCUAACCAAGCCCCACGCAAGACCCGAAUCCCACGGACGAUCGCUGUCAUAUCGUCCAUCCAAAAGUUCGUCCGCGACAAGCGCCAACUCCGCGCUCGUGUCAUUGCAAAGGACGUAGUGGCGUUUCUUUUGGAAACCGGCGUCCUCAUCUACGACACCCACGAUAAGACACAGUCAACGACCGCGCUUCGAUGCGUCUAA